AUGAAUUAAAAAAAUAUAAAAUAGUUAACAAUCGUAUAAGUAAUUAUUAUUCUAUUCUUGGUUUACUACCUACCUUAAUUCUAAUUCAGUGCACUAUAAAAAGUUUCUAAAGCCGAAUAAUAACCUCAAUCAUAAACAAAUCUUCUUAAAAUCUAAAAUUAAUAACAAAAAAAACUAGCUUCAGAAACAAACCUAAAACUAAAUACAGACAAAAACUAGAAUAAAUCGAAAACUAAUUAAAAAGAUCAAAUGACAUCUCAAGCUACCAGAUUACCUAGUUUAUUUAUAUCUCAUGGUCUUGUAGGAGAGACUCUCAACCCAGAUACUUAACUAUUUAAAUGUCUCAAUAAGUAUACAAAAGAUAACAAAUUGCAAAGUAGAAUUAAAACUGCAAUCAUAAUAUCAGGACACUGGGAAGAAAAAUAAGUCACAGUAAAUCUAAAUCCUCAUCCAAAAGUAGUACAUGACCACCCCAGCAAGUGGCUCUACAAAUUUAAUUUUUCUUUAGACACAAAUGUGGAAUUAGCUAAAUAAAUCCAUCAAAAGCUAUUGGACAAUAAGAUUUAAGCUAAAACAACAACAUCAGAAGAUAUAGAUCAUGGAGGUUGGGGUGGACUUUUCUGUCUCUAUGACAUAAAUGAAUAAUAAAAGGCCUUUCAAAGCAAUACAAAAUAUGCUCCUUAAAUAGUGCAGGUGAGUCUCCAUUCUGGAAUGGACACAGCCUUCCAUUAUAAAAUUGGAUAAAUUUUAGAACAAUUUAGAGAUGAAAAUACAAUCAUAAUUAAUAGUGGUGCUUCAACACAUUCUUUCACUUAUAUGAAUCAUCCUUAAUUUACUGCUUGGUCAAAAGAAUGGGAAAAGUAUCUAAUCGAAAUAGUAACUAAUAAAGAUGAGUAAAAAAGAAGAGAUGCAAUAGUUGCUAUUAAAUAACAUAAAAUGUAUAAUUACAUGCAUCACAGCGAUGAUCAUUUUAUGCCCCUUUUAGUUGCUUUAGGUACUUCAAAGUACCCAGGAGAGCUAAUUUGUCUUGAAUAAUAGUUUACAUUUAUGUGCUCUUGCUAUUCGUUUUAAUGA